GUUCGCGCGGCACAGGCGUGUUCCGCCAGGCUUCGGAAGCCUCUUGGCACUGUCGAACGACCGGUCCCAGCACCCAGGCCUGCCAUUUUCAUCUUAUCCGCGGCCAAUCCGCCACGCCGAGCGCGGUUCGUUGCAAAGGAAUACGGCUUUCAAAGAACUCGUCGAACGCCGGUAACGACUGCUGCUUGUCCGCGCUCAAAACCGUGGCACCGCUGAAGAGCUUGGCCAGGACAAAGCAGCACAGCCAACCGUGACCGCGGCGACAGCAGCGAUGGCGGCUUUAACGCUCGACACGCUCGUCCCCGCAGCGGAGGCGCCCGCGCCACCCACACCGUACGCGGAAGCACCAGCGCCGGCUCCCGGGCCCGCGCCCGCGCCCGCGCCGUCGAGCCCGUCGCUGAUGGACGAACCGGCCCCCUGGAGCGACGCCCCCACGUCGCCGAUCGAGGCGCCGCCGCCGCCACCGCCCGCGGCUUCUCCUACCUCAUCCUACUAUUCAGCAGCGUCGCCGACGCGCUCCGUCUUUUCCUCCCAAACGCGCGAAGCUUUUGACGACGAGGACCAGUUCGACGACGGGCGCUCGGACGCCUCCGACGUUGCGUUGUCGUCGGACGACGACAUCAGUGACGACCCGGAGGAUAUUGGGAAAGUUCCGGGAACUUUCAGAGAUGUGCAGCUCCACGCGGCGCGCCUGGGUCUGACGCUGGAAAACGUCCUCGAGGCGACGGUCGUCCAUGAUGUGGAUGAGGACGGCGCGGCGAAGCAGGCCGGUCUCGUGGCCGACGUCUUGGUGGUCAGUGUCAAUGGCGAGACGACGCGGGGUCUCUUGCACGACGAGGUCAUCACGCUGUUGCGGACGCCGGACCGGCCCUUGACCCUGAAAGUGCAGGACUUGGACGCCGUAACUUUGGCGCGACGACGGAAGGAAGCGAGAGGCUUAGCAUUAGCAGCGAGGCAGCCGCCCACCUCUACAACGAGUGAGAUCACGGACCCCGUCUUAGAAAGUGCGGUACGCGCUUUACGUAGAGCCGGCUGCCUGCCCGGCGCGGCGCCUCCAAUCCCCGGCACGCCGUCGAAGCCCGAUUCUAUGGCGGAGCUCGCGUCACAACUCGCGGCGCUCGACGAGUUGUGUAGCAGGCCGACGACGGGCGGCCGCCGAGCUAGAGCGUCGUUACGCAAACACGAAGCAACACUAGCGCCGGCCCUCUGUAAAGUUAUUGAAGGUGGCGCCAACCAAGGGCCGUUCGAUCAACCGCGGCGGACGUUCACUUUACCGCUCGAGGACGACGAUGAAGAGUUAGCAGCAUCAUCAUCGGCCUACGCGAAGCAGGCGUCCGAUGGAGAUGGUUUCGCGCCGUGCCGCUGGGCCUCGGCGUCUGCUUUGCCUCUACAAGCAAAUACGGCUGCGGCGUCGUCGGCCCUGUCCGCUGCUAGACUAUUGUGUAGGAUCGCCGCGUUGCAGAGAAAGAGACCCAACGCCGCCUCUGGUACAAUCAAGAGGUUAGCGAGAUUAUCAGCUCUGGCGUGCGGCGACGCGCCUGCGAGCAACUUGAUUGCCCAAAGGUGCGCUCGAGCCUGCGCGGCGCUGGCGCCUACUCUUAGGUCGUGCGCUAGACCGCGCUACGACGCCUUUGCGAGAGCAUGUGUAAGCAAGGGCGCGCGCGACGCGGCGGACGCGCAAGCCCGAGCUUGUUUUGCGCGAUGCGUCGGUGGCUUCUGUGGUGGCGUCAUCACGCGACCGGUCGCGAAGUUUUUAGCAAGACAGUGCGGCAAGUUCGCGCGAGAUGCCUUGCCUUGCGUGCGUAGAGCUGCUUUGGACGCUUGUUUAACGCUCGCGGCGGGUCUACCCAAGACGCUCGAGGACGACGACGAGUCGCACACGUUCUCGCGCGAGGAGUUCCUCCACUUACUAUUGGCUUCGUUGAUUCCCAUCGCGCUGCAGUUGGCUACCGACGCUUCUGCUGAAGUAAGGGCGGCCUUCGCUCGAAGAGCAGGAGCUUUAUGUCAUGUUUUCGAGAAGCAAAGACUGGUCGUCGCGGACGAAGCAAGGGCUUUACUUGAAGAUGAUGAUACUAAUGUAAGGUCCGCGGCCUGCGAGGCGAUUCCCAGGAUCGCCGAAUUGUCGGACGAAGACGUGUGCGAAAAACUGACAUCUGCCUUAACGCCGGCUGCCGCGGCGCUGGCGUCCGACGAGUCGCCCGACUGUCGAGCGUCGCUGGCGAAGACGAGCGGGCUGCUGUUGCAAGCUCUAGGAAAUGAUCCUGAUGCGGCCUUGAAAGCCAGAGAAGGAGAAGACAGCGUUGCUCCUUUGGAUCGGGCCCUGUUUCCGCUUUUGCUGAUUCUCGUGAACGACGAGGCUCCUUCUGUCGCGUGCACGGCUCUUAGGGGUUUGGCGGACUGCGGCGCGGGUCUGGCUCGCGUCUUGGCGCCUCGACAUGUCGACGCCCUCACGAACUCGCUGGCGAACCUGUCGACGUCGCGCCACUGGCGCGUGCGAUGUUGUGCUGGUAGGGUCGCUCCAGCAUUGGCGCCGGCCUGCGACGACGAGGAGAGACGGAGAGCGCUGGCUGAAGUGGUCGCGAAGGCUUUGGACGAUGUCGUCGCCGAGGUGCGCAGCAACGCCUGCGCGUGCGCGUGCGCUUGUGCUGCCGCAGCAUCUAGGAGAAACGACGGCUUCUGGGUCGACGCGCCCCUCAAGGAGGUGUCGAGGCUGGGCGCAUCAGAAAGUUCGCGGCAGCGGCGCACCGGGUUAUUACUUGCUCGAAGCUUAGUAGAUGCGUCGUCGUCCUUCGCCCCGGCAGAUAGGGAAAAGUGCCGCGAGGACGCCGCGGCGCUCGCCGACGUCCUCGCGACGGACGAUUUGCCAUUAGUGCGCAUGGACGCUGCAUUGUUACUGGCCGAGCCGAUCCAGGCCGGCGACGGCGUCGUCCAGCGCCUCGCCGGCGACGACGACCCCGACGUGAGCGAGGCGGGGUUCAACGCGCUCAAGGCGCGCGAGGAGCGCGUGCGCGACGACUCGUCGUGUGCGGUCGACUUCGGGUCGCAGUCGACGAACAUGGAUUUGGUCGAGCCGGCGGACGUGGAGGUGGUGGACGACUCCGCCGCCGCUGCCGCCGCCGCCGCCGUCGACUCGGCGGAUAGUUAAUAUUUUUCGUGGGUA